AGAGUGUGAGAGACAGAGAGAGAGAGAGAGAGAGAGAGAGAGAGAGAGAGAGAGAUGGCAUCUUUAGCUGUACCAGACAUCAAUGUCGUUGCUCUUUGCGGCUCCCUCCGCAAAACUUCCUACCAUCGUGGCCUCGUCCGUUCUGCAAUCCAGAUUUCCCAGGAGUCCGUAAAGGGAAUGAAGAUCGAGUACGUCGACAUCUCACCACUCCCUUUCAUCAACACUGAUCUCGAGGUCAACGGCACUUUCCCUCCGGAAGUCGAGGCUUUCCGUCAGAAAAUCCUUGCUGCCGAUUGCUUUCUCUUUGCUUCGCCUGAGUACAACUACUCUGUCUCCCCUCCUCUGAAGAAUGCGAUUGACUGGGCAUCUAGACCUUCAAAUGUUUGGGCUGGUAAGCGAGCUGCCAUUAUAAGCACAGGAGGAAAUUUUGGUGGGGGAAGAGGACAGUACCAUUUGCGCCAAAUUGGGGUUUAUCUUGAUCUGCAUUUUGUAAACAAGCCGGAGUUUUUCGUGUAUGCAUUCCAACCUCCGCAGAAGUUUGAUGGUGAAGGCAAUUUAGUGGAUCCUGAAUCCAAGCAGAGGUUAAAGGAGGUUCUUUUAUCAUUGCAGGCAUUUGCUUUGGAAAAAAAGGGCAACUGAAUAAAUUUGUGCCAAAACGAAAUCCCAACUCCAGCAUAGAUAAAGCAGUUAUCAAAUUGGUAGUCCAUUGUUUCUUCAGCUGAUGAAAUAAAGAAGUCCUGAAAAUAAUCUUUUGUGUAUCCAGUGAUUUACAUUUGACUUUUGGAAUUUUUUUUAUGUGAACAUUUGAAUUGAAUUUGGAUUUAUGAUAGUUAUUC